ACCGGCGCCCUGCUGGGGCUCGCCUACUGCCUACAGGCGCUGGGUGAAUAUUUUGAUCAGUCACAUGUUGCUCUACCAAAUGUUUCAAAGUUCUUCUUGCAUCAAGCUCUGGAAGAGAGAAAAGCCGCAGAGGCUUUGAUGAAGUAUCAGCAAGAAAGAGGAGGCCAUUACUGUUCUAAAACCAUCCAGAAACCAAACUGUGAGUAUGCAGUCGGUCUGAUGAAAGCCCUGGAAGUAACAAUGGUACAGUGGAAAACUAUGAUACGAUAUUUUGAAGAGCUUUAUGCCCUGAGUAUUGAAAAUGCAGACCCUCAUAGCGCAAGCACUAUCAAGAAACAAUUUAUCAGGCCCAAAAUCCAGAAGAUCAAGAUGAUGGGAGAUCUGCUGACCAAUGCUCGCAGGCUUGACUGUUCCCAAGAUGGCAGAAAUAGUCUUGGGGAUUACUUUAUGGACCGGUUGCAGAAAGAAUUCAAAAUGGGCAUAGAACCAGAGUCUAGUCAGCACUGCAGCCCCUGCCCGCCGCUCCAGCAGUGUACAGGAGCUGCAGAGGGUCUGAAGCGACCCCAGAGAGAAUCUUCCCAAUACAGAAAUGGGAUAGGGCCAAUAUAUGCAACUAUACACUGCACUACCACACUGCCACAGUGUAAUGAUGGGACAGGGGCAAAAGUGAAGCAGGGCAGAGAGGGACUUUAAUGCUGUGGCUGUUGCAGCUAUGGGGCAGCUCCUAAGGCAGACCUGUACAGAGGGUGACCUCGAGACCAGAACUCAGGAGACAUGAUGCUGUUAUCACUCCUCCUGCUUUAUACCUUGUCCCCUUGUCCUCCGUUGAGCCACAGCUCAAAAUCUAGCGCCUACCAUUAUUUUGUUUAAAUGAUAGCCAGGUUGCUAGUUACCUAGGUUGUUGGCAUUAGUCACGCUUUUACCUGUGCAAUUCCUAGAAGCCAAAAGCUCUUAAGCCUCUUUUCUGUCUUAAAUGAUUAAUAGCAUUAGUUAGUGCAAAUUAUUUUUUAACACAUAUAUGUAACUUCUAUUAAAAAACCCACAACUUUAGUACAAGGAAACUUCUACGUGGCAGAAAAAUUCAAAGAUUUAGUUUUAUAUUAGAUAUUUUAUAUUACUGAUAUUUUACAUUACUAACAAGUAUAUCAACGUGAACUUUUUAAGAAGUCUUGUUUUAAAACAAAGUUUUCUUGUCUUAUUUCUAUCAUAGUAGCAGUUUAAAUAAGUAACCUAAUUCAUUUACUUAUCACCCAGCUAUUUCUAGUGGUAUACUUCUCCAAGAUGAAGGAUGCAGACCUUUCCUCAACAGUGGGAAUAAGACACUGUGCUGGUUUUCUCCACAGUUAUUUGUCUAGUUGGCUUUUCUCAUCCUCAGAAAGCAGAUGAGAGAUAAAUUGGGCAUUCUCAUUAGAUGUGAUACUGACAGGUUCUAGUGUGCAUUUUCCAAGUGCCACUGAAGACGCUAGCUGUCCAGACCUAACCUAGGAUGGUUGCCUUAAUUACCAUACAGACCUCUAUUUCAGGUAGCUAAAUUAUGGUAUACUUUGUGUCCUGGUUUUGGCUGGGAUAGAGUUAAUUUUCUUUCUAGUAGCUGGUAUAGUGCUGUGUUU